UACCUACGAGAAACGACCGUUCCGUCAUCCGUCCCGUCUCACGCGCACCACCUAUCGCGUUGCCUCCCCCCUGACGAGGCAUCUCGAUAGCAUCAAGGGCCUGCGUAUAAGAAUAGUCGGUCACCACUUCGAGCAUGCCUACCCCGUCCAGCAAUCCUCCACCAGACUUUUCACCUCGAUCCCAUGCCACUUUAUGUCCCGACGACACUCGAUCUACCGGUAGCUGGCCGCCCGAUGGGGAGGAGCAUGAGAUGAAUAUCGACGACCAGGAAUCGUCCGCGUCGCCCGAACCUGUGAGUGCGCUGUUGCUCAACGGGACCCCAGACGCGACGGACUCUCGGUCCACCAGCCAGUCGCCUAGGCCCGAUUCGCGGAGCAGCACCGAACCCUCGUCUGCCCCUGACCCUGCCGAAACCCCAUCCCAGUCACAUAAGGCAACCGACACCGAGGACGAUGCGUUGGCUAAGGCCGAUACCGAUGCAUCAUCAUCAAGCCGCCGCCGCAGUGGCAACUACGAUAUUGUGACCCCUGUCGGCGCGGACAACGACAAGCUGGAAGACGGCACGAUGCCGGGGAGACUGCCGGAUGACGCCUAUGCGCCACCGAUGGGGUUCGAUUCCACUAAUAUCAGAAUAAUACCGACCUCGUCGUCCUCUUUCCUGCGUCCGGGGAGCAGAUUUCACGGCACGCAGCAAUCCGAACGCCAAGUCUACGAUGUCCAAGUGGAAAUCAAGUAUGUUGAUCUGAGGGAGUCCUUCCUAUGCGGCUUUCUCAAGAUCCAAGGCUUGACGGAAGACAACCCAACGCUGACGACCUACUUCGAGGGCGAGAUCAUCGGCGGCAAGUAUGGCUUCAUGACGAAACACGAGAACUGGGGUGCGACGGAGAAGAUUGAUCUGAACCACUGGAGCAAGUUCUCCGCGUUCCGACAAUACAGCAAGCAAUUGCGCAAGGGGCCUGUCUUAAUACCGAACCUCGCUCAGCGCGAGAACAUCUUCAUGCGAUGGAAGGAGCAUUUCCUCGUCCCCGAUCAUCGCGUCAAGACCAUCAACGGGGCCAGCUUCGAGGGCUUUUAUUACAUCUGUUUUAACCAGAAGGAAGGAAGUGUCAAGGGCAUAUAUUUCCACUCUAAGAGUGAGAAAUUCCAACAACUAGAACUCAAACAUGUUGAAGAUAAGGGUUGUUACAGUGCCAUGGAGUUCCGAUGAUAUUAAGACUUGCGGCUCUGACAUAAGGAUAGGACGGGCGGCCCUAGAAGGUUAGAGAGCUCGCAGGUGGUCCCCUUUUUCUUUUUUUUUCCUCAUUUCGGUAGCACCCAACACGGCUGAUCCUCAUUCUGGACCACUACCAAUC